AUUUUUUUUAAUUUUUUUUUAACUAUAAAUUUUUUCUGAAGAAAGUGAAAAUUUUUAAUUUUUAUAAAAUAUUUAAAAUGUUCAAUAAAAUAAUCACAAAUUUAAUUAAAAAUUCAAAUAAAAUUUAAAAGAAAAAUAAUAAAAAAUAAUUUUGAAAUCAAGAGAAAAAGUCGCAAAUUGGUAAGGCACUAAAGAAAGAAAAGUUCCUAUUAUCCUUGUUAGAAUUUAUGUUGGUUUCUGUCAGCAAUAAUUAUUUUUAAUAAUACUAAAAAGCAAUAAAAAUAAAAAAUUUAUUAAAGCUUUUUGUGAGAUUUUUCUAAAUUGUGUUUAAAAGAUGAAAAAUAUUUUUGUAAUUGUUACAUAUAACAGGAGAGUAUUAAAUAACAUUGUCUACAGAAUGUUAUAAAAAUGUUAUGUUAAAUUAUUCAUGUUAACUGAAUAGUUAAGGGUGUGAUUUUAUUCAUACAUUUUACAAGUAACCGAAUCGUUGUUGUGUAUGGAAGUUUAAAGUUCGUCAUAUCUUUAUAGCAAAAACAUAUUGAAAUUUUCAAAAAUUUAAAAAACCAGAGGCAUAGAAGAAUUUUACGUACAUACUUUUAGUUAAUAUUGCUAUCACAUUAGUGCAUAAGAAACAAACUUAACCCCUCAAAUGGAGCUAUGAAAUAAUUUUGUACAAAAAUAUUUAUUGUAAAUAUUAAAAAACCUUUAAAUAACACCAAUUUAUUAGCAAUUAGUACAUAACCGACAAUAAAAAAAAAAGUUAAUCAAGCAGUAAAAAUUAUUUUAUAAUUAUAAGAAAAAAAUAAAUUUGAAAAAAUUUUUUUAAAUACUUGAAAUAAUUUUUGCUGGCCAAAAAUUAUUAAAAAUUACCAAAAUAGAAAACUUUAAAAAACAAAUAACGGAAUAAAAAUUAAAAUAAUUUUGAAAAAAAAUUCAAAUUUUUCAAUUUGCUCACUUUUACAUUGAAAUUUAAAAAAGAGAAAAAAUACAAAAAUAGAAAAUGGAUCUUAAACAUUCCAAUCCAAAUAUUGUGGGUGCAUCAACAGAAGCAUAUUUACCCGGCAGCAAAUCAACAGAUUUAAUAAAACCAAAAGGAUCAGUAGAGGAAUUAGGUAAAGCACAAGUAACGGUAAUUAUAACAGAAAAAAUAGGUAAUAAUUCAACUCCUACAACAAUAACUACAACUACAAUAUUAAAUAAAGAUAAAAUAGAUUUUAAAGUGUACAAAAGAAGAUGGGCUGUGUUAAUAUUAUUUGCAUUUUAUUCCGCGUCAAAUGCAAUGCAAUGGAUCCAGUACAGUAUUAUUAACAAUAUUAUAACAAAAUAUUAUGGAGUAAGUGGAACUUGGGUUGAUUGGACAUCUAUGAUUUAUAUGAUUUUAUAUAUCCCACUGAUAUUUCCUGGCAGUUGGUUCCUCGAUAAAAUGGGUCUCAGAAUAACGGCACUUGUUGGUGUAAUAGGAACAUGUACUGGUGCUUGGAUAAAAGUAUUUUCAGUGCAACCAGAUUUAUUUUAUGUUGGUUUUAUUGGUCAAUCAGUUGUUGCACUUUCUCAGGUUUGUAUUCUUUCAUUACCGGCAAGGGUGGCGGCAGUUUGGUUUGGUCCAGAUCAAGUAUCAUCAGCUUGUAGUGUUGGAGUAUUCGGUAAUCAGCUUGGCGUGGCUAUUGGAUUUGUAUUGCCUCCUGUAUUAGUUGGUAAUCACGAUGAUUUAGAAUUAAUUGGUAAAGAUCUUCAGGUUAUGUUUUAUAUGGUUGCCGGUUUUACAUCAGUUUUAGUUAUUCUAAUGAUUUUGUUUUUCCAAGAUCAUCCACCAACACCACCAUCAGCUGCACAAGAAGCAUCUAGAGCACCAGAAGUUGAAAACAUAAACUUUUUACAAUCAUUGAAAAAUCUCGUCCUUAAUAGAAAUUAUAUUUUUUUAUUAACAUCCUACGGCAUGAAUGUUGGUGUCUUCUAUGCUAUUUCUACUCUACUUAAUCCAGUCGUAUUAAAAUACUAUCCUGGACAUGAAGUCGAUACUGGUCGUAUUGGUUUAUGUAUUGUAUUGGCUGGCAUGUUGGGUUCCGUUCUAUCAGGAAUUGUUCUAGAUAAAACACAUCGUUUCAAAGAAACUACAUUAGCAGUUUACGCAUUCUCAAUGGUUGGUAUGUGGGUGUUUACAUUUACUCUUGACACAGGCCAUAUAGCUGUAGUUUAUGUAACAGCAUCACUUUUAGGGUUCUUUAUGACUGGUUAUUUACCAGUUGGCUUUGAAUUUGCUGCUGAAUUAACAUAUCCAGAACCUGAAGGUACAUCAGCUGGUUUAUUAAAUGCAGCUGCACAAGUUUUUGGCAUACUAUUUACAAUGUUAUAUUCAGAAUUGUUAACAGCAUUUGGUGAUAUACCUGCAAAUAUAGUAAUGGCUGUAAUGUUAUGUAUUGGAACAGUAAUAACAGCAAUUAUCGGUUCAGAUUUAAGGCGGCAAGCAGCACAAAUGCCAACAAGUACUAGUAAUCCACAAAUUUAAAAAUAAUAAACAAUUCUUAUAUAUUCAUAUAUAGUACGAGCAUUUGGAAACAUUAUCAAAAUUUUUAAAAUUUAAAACAUUACCUAAAUACAAAACAAAAAAUUGUGUUAUCAUACAUAUUUAUAUAUAUAGCUACAGCUAAGUAAAAAGAUUUCAAUAUUUAUAUGUCCUAUACAUGCUAUAAGAAAGCAUAUGCGUAUAUACAUAUAGCGAAAUGAUAGAAAAAAAUUAAUAUUAAAAAUAAAUUAGAAUUAAAAAUAUAAAAUUUUUAUUUUUGUUAAAAAAUCAAAGAAAAAAUUAAUUGGUUAUAUGAAAUAAUGCCAUAAGUCACACAUCAGUAAAAAAAAAUUGUACAAAUCAAAGUAAUUUACCCUUGUCCUUGUGGGUACCAUUACAAUCGUUUCUCACUCGUGUUUAUAGUAUAACAGUUUUCUUGAAAAAUUUGUCUUCUGCAUUGAAAUAUAAAACUGUUAAACGAAAAUUUCGAAAUAUGCAUGUCUAUUUGAAUAUAUUAUGUAAAAAAUUGUUCAAAAAGUAUAAAAUUUGUCUGUUGACGGAACGGUUAAUAAUAUUAUUGCUAUAUUAUGCAUGUGAAUGGCUUAUGGCGUUAUUUCAUAUAUUAUUCAAUCAUAUAUAUAUAUAAAUAUAUAUAAAUAUAUAUCUAUAUAUAUAUACAUGUUAUAUAUACAUAUUUGUUAAUAUUUAACUACAAAAAUAUAUUUCGAUGCAAAAUUAUUAUUGAUAUUUUGAUAUUAAGUGUUAAAGCUACAAUAAAUUUAUUGCUCUUCUUUUAAUUAUAAAAAUUUUUUGUUGGUGUCAGAAUCUAAAUUAAUAAGUUAUUUACAAAAUUGGCUGGUCCAGAAAUUAAAUUUUUAAUUAACAUAUAUAAGUACAUUUAUAUUUAUAAUAUACUAAAAUAAUUAUUAAUUGUUUGUUUUUUAAAUUGAUUCUUUAAAAAGAACGAUUUCAUGUAUUAAAUAUUAGUUUCACUAGCAUUAAUUAUACAAUAUAUGAAUGAGGUGGUAUUGUUUAAUUAAGAAUUCAUCUAUAUAUAUAACUCAAUUGCUUUCAACACAAUUUAUAUUUAAUAUUAGUUCAUAUAAAUUAAUAUUUUAUGAGAAGAGCCCAAGCUGGGACGAAAUAACUUUCAAAAUAAAGCAAAAAAUAUCCAUAAUUUUCUAUUAUGCUGAAUGAGAAGCAACGCCACAAUCAAUAAUAAUCAAAUCAAAAAUAAACUUUGAUUACGAAAAAAUCGUCAUAAAAGUAAAAAAAAAAACUGUUAUUAAUAAAAGUUGUCAUAAUUUCAUUUGUUGACCCACCUCUUAAUGAACACUCUUAAAUAGUCCACCUUUAUGUGUAAAUAUUAUUAUAUGUAUAAAUUUAAAUAGCUGCAAUAACUCAAAUUGAAUUUGAUGCAAAAAUAUUAAUAAAAUAAAUAUUUCAAGUUCUAAGCAAAAUUUUCAAAAAUUACAAUGAUAUUGUUACAUAUUUUUUAUUAUAAUGCUUUAUUUGUGAUAAGUUUCCUUAAACUUUAAUUAUUUUGAAUUUUCAAAUGCGAUAUCUAAUGGCACUAACAAAGUAAUUAAAAGUGGAAACUUUAUACGGUAAACAAAAUAUAUUUAAUUCUAUAUUAUUUUUACUGUUUUCAUUCGAUUUUUCAUUUAAUACUCAUAAUUCGAAUUAAGUGUAUAAAACAUAUUUCUGAAAUGUCUGAUACUAAAAAAAAUCGUGUUUGAAGAAAAAACUCCAAUUAAGUGAUUUCUUACAGCUAUGCUUACUAAAACGACAUAUACGGAUAUAAUUUUUAAAAAUAAGAGUAAUCUUUUAAACCUACAUAUUAAUAAUUUAUUGCAAUUGAUUUUAUUUAUUCUAUAACAAACUGAAUCAUUCACCGGCAAUAUUCCAAAAACUAUUUGAAUUUUAAGUUAUUGGACACCCUUUUACAUUAUAUUAAAAAGCAUCGUAACAUAUUGGUAAAAUUAACAUUUAAAGUUUAUAUUCGAAAUUAUACAUUUUAAUAUGUUAAUAUUGUCAAUUGGAUUCCCACGUAUUUGAAAUAUUAAAAAAAAAUUAAUAUAUUUAUUUAUACAAUCGAAUAAUAAGUAUAUAAUAUAUAUUUUAAAUUAGUAAUUAAGCUAUUGUAUAAAAAAGUGAUUUAACUACUAGAAAUUAAAUAUCAGAAAAAUUUGAAAACUUCUAAGAUAGAAACAUUAUUUUUUAUUUUUUAAAUAUAACACAUAUUAUAUAAAGCAUGACUAGAUAAAUUUGAAAUGCUUAAGAAUGUUAACAAAAGCAUUAUCCAAAACUUUUAUAAAAUUUAAUGAAAAAUAAAAAAAAAUUGAAAACCUAUAUUUAAUAGACAAGAUGGACCUUUCAAUUAAUAUCAAAUUGUGAAUGUAAUUUCAAACAAAUAAGCAAUUUGCAAAAAAACGUUUGUAAAACAAUAAAAAUCUUAAAACCUAUAUCUGAAUUUUGAUGAAACAAAUUGCAAUUUCAGUUCUUUGUUUGUGAUUUUGUAAAAAAGAAAAUGUUCUAUUGUAAGAAUUCAACUCGUCAAACUUUACAUGUAAUUACAAAAUUAUUUUAUCUUAUAAGGUAAAACGAGAAGUUAUUACAAUUUAAAAAUAAAACGCUAAUUGUCGAAAAAAUUUUAAAAUUAAAGGAAAUUUUGAAAAGAACAUCCUUUCUUUAAAUAUUUACGUUGAACGGAAAAAUUUAUACCGUUUACCUGAAAGCAUAAAAUAUUUUGUGAUAAAAAUUCUCGGUUAUUUUUUUUUUUUAAUUAAAACUUAUUUGGUCAGCUAAUAAAGCAGCUUUUUAAAUUAAAAAUUUUUCUUUAACAACAAAAUGUUUCAUCAAAUUUCUCUCUAUUUUUCUCUAUUGUGAAUUUUACAAAAAAUUUUAAAGACAAUAUUUAUGAAACAAAUACCUGCAUAGAAAUUACAUAAUUAUUAUUUAAAAUGUACCUUCGGAAUUAAAAGAAAAAAUUUGUUAUAUUAAUAAUGUUGUAAUAAAAUUUAAACCAGAAAUUUUAAAGAAAUAAAAAUUGUUAAUAUCGACUGUUAUAAAAAGUAAAUAAUAAUGUAUAUGAAUGUAAGUAUGUGUUAUAGGAAAA